GGGUACCUCUUGAGCAUAGACUUUGGUCCUACCAAUAAUUCGACCAAUCGUAAACCGUUUUACUUCGUCAACGACCAAUAACCGACCAGCUCUCAUACGGACAACGUCAUUCUACAGUCUACCAACGUUAUGGUACACGCUUAGUCACACGCAGUCGUACAUCCGGAUCGCAAGUUUAUGCGACAACAUUUUAUCCACAUAGUUAGAUCGCGGUUUCAAUUUUUUUCACGAAAGAUUGCGGAUAACAUUUUUCAAACUGACCAACCCCGGAGUCGAGUUGGUAGCCCUGAACGGCAGGAAAUCUCAAACACUAUCCAUUGUUUUGCAGAAUUUCGAAAGAUCUUACAACAAUGGAAAAAGCUACUCGACGCGCCGUGAAUUCGAGAAAUGCGAGUCAAGCGGAGAUACUGAGAUCCCGCCAAAGGGACGACCUAUUCGCGAAUAAUCUUCGCGAUAAUCUGUCCGAAUUGUUGCACAAAAUUGGCGGUAAGAAAUUACUUCUUCAGAUAGCCCAGUCCGAGCUGCCGGCGAAACUCGCCUACUUCAUCGUCACGACUGGAAUGAACAAUCAAACGAUCGGCGAAGAGUACACGGGCAUUAUACAGGCCGAUGUAGAAGCCAGAAAGAUCCCUUCGUUGGGCGCAAGAACGCUCGCAGUGCUGUUCGAAUUUUUCGGCGAACAAGCCUUGAUAAAAUUGCUGGAGAGACUUUUGACCUCCAUAAAUCAUCCCCAGAGCGAACUCAGACCCGAAGCGGUUAAUUUUUUGAAUCCGUUUUUAACGAGACUGAAAAUCGUGAUACCCUUGAUGAUCCAGGCGCAUCGAGGUCUCUUUUAUAUUUUCGGUCGUUAUUACACACUGGGAAAGAGAUUGACCGGUGUGAAUUACGUGAAGGUCUACGGACGUCGUCCUCCGGAGCAAAUAAAUUGGGCCCUCCGUCUGCUCGGGGCAGCAACUUUAGCGCAAUGUGCGUUAAAGUUGUGGCGUAUGAGGUAUCUCGAAGAUCCGAAGAUCUGCGACGUUGGAAACGACUUCAAAUCAGCGUUAGGGAAUUGUCAAUUAUGCCUCGAAGCUGUUCCAACGAGCGCGACACCCUGCGGUCAUCUUUUCUGCUGGCAAUGUCUCGCGGAUUGGCUUUCGAGCAGACCGCAGUGCCCGUUAUGCAGGGAAUACGCGCAUCCUUCGAGAAUUAUUCAUUUAUUGAACAUGUGAACGUGUGAAACGAGAAUAACAAUCAGCUCGUUCGUUGCAAGUCAUGAAAUCGAGAAUGUACGAUGAAUUGAUUUCAAUAUUCCUGUACAUAUGUGUAUAUUAUUUCGUUUUUACUGUUACAAAUAAAGUUGUUCGUUUUAUAUUUCUAACA